AUGGACAUGAGGUGUGUGCAGCCCAUCAAGCUAGCUAGGGUAACCAAAGUUCUGGGCAGGACCAGAUUGCAGGGACAGGUCAUGCAGGAGGUGCAAGUGGAAUUUAUGGAUGAUACCAGCUGUUCUAUCAUCUAAAAUGUCAAAGGCCCUCUUUGAGAGUAUGAUGUGCUCUCCCUAUUGGAGUCAAAAAGGGAAGCUCAGAGGUUGCUCUGA